UGGGAAAUACCAAAACGCGGCAAAAUAAAAUCUCAAUCAUAUUUCUUAACAUUCAUACUACGGUUUACAUUGAGAAUAUUAACCAACAUUUGUUUUGUUCAGAAUGCCGAAUCGAAUGGAAUCGCGUGAAAUUCCUAGUGAAUCAUUGUCAGAGGAUCGAAGCUUUGUACCGCUCCUAGGCGUGUCCCACACCGUCUAUUUCAAAGCUCUUUUUCGUCUGGUUAACGAAUGGCUAAGUGGAAAAGUUGGUUCAGGCGUUAGGCUGGACAAGAAGCAAGAGGACACCAUACGAGAAUAUGUUGCCGACACGUAUAAGCCGGUGGCGCUAACAGCCACGGAUCCGACCGAUGAAAAAAUCGCGACAACAUACGAUGCACUCAGGCGCUGGAAUGUGCCGCUAAUACUCGACAAGGCAACAUCUCAUCGGUACUGGAUAAGGCGGUGCUAUGAACUUUGUGUUGCGGUCGGUGUGGAAUUUUCGGAGCAGAUGGAGAACCGUAUCAGAAUACAUGAUCUAAGUAAAUAUAGCGAUAAAGAACUAUUAGGCUAUGCAGUGAUGUUUGGGCGAGGUGGAUACAGACAAAUUGACGAUGAACGGGAGAAACACGAGUGGGAAUUGGCGCUUGAGCAUCAUUACUGUAGCAAUACUCAUCACCCCGAAUAUUUCUUUCCUAAAGACGCGGACGGUAGGCGGGGCAAGUCCCCGUCAAUGAUGGAUGCAGAUCCAGCAAACGGGGAGACGAAUCUGGCUGAGAGUAUCAUAGACAUGUUGGCAGCUCAUGGUGAAAGAACUCUGGAUAAAGAUACAGACGUUUCUGUUCGGAAAAUGUUUUGCAUGGAUGAAAAGUUCUUCAACAGGUAUGCUGAGAGCGACGGGGCUUACGUGAAAGCUAGAAUGCAAGAUUGGUUGAAGCUUAUAGAGACAUUUUUGUCCACCGAGGGAAAUGAACGGAAACUGGACGGCUGGUUCGACGGAAGACGUGUGGUGUUUUAAGCUACAUCCGUCAGGAAAAUCAAACACGGGUUCUAUGGUUGUGUAAAUGACUCUGGGAUGGUGAUACCAAUGUGUUAUUGUUGAUAUAUGUCAUGUUUUUAUUCGUAAUUUUACAAUGUAUGCGGUUUCUUUUGGCCUGUUUUUAUAUUCAAUUGACACUGUUUAUUUUCAUGCAAUCAAAUUUUUGAAUGUCUUGAAUCUGGGUUUAAGAUUCAGAUUCAGAACUGCUGAUUAUUUAAAUGUUUUGGAAAAUAGUUGAUGUAGUUUUCUUGAAAAAAAAUGUUAUUCAAUGGUAAAACCUGUCAUCUGGAAUAUGUUCAGCAAAAUUCACCAUACAUUCUGCAGUACAAUUAACAAUGAAAAUAAGAUUUUGAAUUUCUGAGUCUUUAGUCUGAAACUCAGACUUAGUUCAUUAUUGAAUAGGGUUCUGGCCCUGAUUUUUUAAAGGUUAAUCGGCUUAAUAAACUGAUUUCAAUAAGCUAAAAAUUUACACUUAAAGUCUAAUUUUUUUCUUAAAGAUAAAAUUUAACGCAAAUUAUAGAAAAACCAAAAUAGUGAGCUUAGCUUAAUCCUGUUAUAUAAGACACUUAAGAAGUUUCGAGAAAUUUGGGCAUGUUUAUUUUGUAUCCUCGUUUAAACAUUGACAUUCAAUUUAAAGACAAUAUUUCAAAAUGAAAGGAACAGAUUUUAAAACAUUUCAAAAUUUAAUAUUAAAUAAGAGUAUGAUUGUACAUAUGAUCUUGUUUCCAUGGUUGUAUAAUUGAACUGUAAUAGUUAUAAAAAAAAAC